AUGCCGCUCGCGGACGCAUUGCCGCGGCUGGAGGCGCUAGUCGAAGCGGCGGGGGAGGUGGAGGAGACGGCUGCACCCGAGGAGCGCCAGUGUGACCUCUGCUACGACGCGCCGCGCUCGGUCCGCUUCGCGUGCGGCCACGCGCUGUACUGCGAGGCAUGUGCGCCGCGCGUGCUGGAGCGCGACGCCAACUGCCCGGCCUGCCGCCAGCCGGCGCUGCCCAUCGCCGCAACUGGGCGGCUGGUGGCGGCGCAGACGACGUUUGUCUACCAGCCACCCACUCGCGCUGCGCCACACCCACCGCCCGCUGGUGGCGCGGCGGUGGUCGGUGGGCGAGGCGGGCGGGGCGGGCGGGGCGGGCGAGGCGGGCGGGGCGGACGGGGUGGGCGGGGUGGGCGGGGGAGGCCGCGGGGCGAGGGGCGGGGCGCUGGCGGCUCGUAG